CGAAACUGAAGUGGCACGUGGGAAUCAAACCUCUUCUGGUCGUCCCUAUUAUUAAACCUAAGUUAUGGAAGAAGAGCCAAAUCACGAAGACAGCCGAUCCCGCGUCUGUCUUAACCUACCCACCAACCAACCGUUUACUUCAACGGCCACCGUUAACAACCCCCAAUGGCGAUCGCCGCCGCCUACUUCGCCAACACCACCUUCAACCCGCCGCCCCGCUGCCCCUCAACUCGUACAUUCUCCAAACUCGCUAGUCCCAUUAAUCUCCGCUACUCCACUUCCUCCCCUGCCUCUACAUCCGCCGCACGCCCAAUUUCUUUCUUGCUCUCUCCAAAUUCUAACCGCCGCGGGUUUUUACUACCUUCUUCUGUAGGCGGAGAUGGCGGCGCUGGUGGCGGAAAUUUUCACAGUGGCGGCGGCGGUGAUGAUGACGAAAACGAGGAUGGGGACAAGAACAACAACAAUAAGAAGGAGGCGCUGAUGGCUUUGGCGGAGGCCCAGAGGUCUCUGGAGAGCUUGCCGAGUGAUUUGAAGGCAGCGAUUCAGGACGGGAGAAUUCCCCGAUCCGUAGUGCUCAAGUAUUUGGAGCUGGAGAAAUCUGGGUUUCUGGCGUGGCUGCUCCGGUUCGGUGGGUUUAGGGAGCGACUCCUGGCCGACGAUCUUUUUCUUGCUAAAGUCGCCAUGGAAUGCGGCGUUGGGAUCUUCACCAAGACUGCUGCUGAAUAUGAGAAGCGCAAAGAAAACUUCUUUAACGAGCUGGAAAUUGUGUUUGCAGAUGUGGUAAUGGCCAUAAUUGCAGACUUCAUGCUCGUCUACCUUCCUGCCCCUACAGUUUCACUCCGGCCGCCUGUGGGUGUUAAUGUUGGAAGACUUUCCAAGUUCUUCUACAAUUGUCCAGAUAAUGCAUUCCAGGUUGGCCUGCCUGGAACAUCAUUUUCAUUCUUGCAAAGAUUAGGUGCAAUAGUGCGGAAUGGGGCCAAGCUCUUUGCAGUCGGCACAACUUCUUCUCUGGUUGGCACUGUUGCCACAAAUGCACUGAUAAAUACACGGAAGGCUGUUGACAAGACCUCCGCAGAGGAGGUUGAGAAUGUACCUGUACUGGCAACCAGUGUUGCCUAUGGUGUCUAUAUGGCAGUAUCUAGCAACCUUCGGUACCAAGUGCUGGCUGGUGUAGUUGAACAGCGUAUUUUAGAGCCUUUGCUACACCAACAUAAAUUAGUCCUAAGCGCCCUUUGCUUUGCUGUCCGGACAGGCAACACAUACUUGGGUUCAUUAUUGUGGGUUGAUUAUGCACGUUUUGUCGGAAUUCAAAAGGCAGAAGAAGCUGAGACGAAUAAGGUGCACAACGAUUAAGUUCUUCGGCUGACCGCCCCAUUUGAUUAGUUGACAUUACAUAUUGCCACCAAUGGAAUAUUGUUUGGCUUUCUGUUUUUUCCGGUCAAUUGGGAUAUUCUUUUACAGCUACAUUUUGAGCCUUUUGUGAUAUAUAUAUUUCUUGAGUAAUAUAUCAGACCUUAUUUGUGAUGCUAGCCGUCUUGUUGGCAUAUAUUUGAAUUCCGCCGGAAAACACUUCAUAUAUAAAGCAUGUAGAGAGACUUCAAGUCAUGUCUCUUGUGAAUGCAAUUACUUCAAAUACUUAUUUCAUUUGUCCGUUUUCUUUAGAAUUACAACGUACAAUAUAACAG